GCUGGGACAGGCGGGACAAGCAUGGCCAAGGUGGGCUUCCACCGGACAGGGCUUAGGCUGGAGGCGCGAGGAGGGAGUGCGGACGAGCAUGGCAGCAGGCGGCGGGUGGGCGGAGACGGAGGCCAUGGAGAUGCCGAGGCACGGAGAGACGGCGAGAUGGAGGCACGGAGAGACGGCGAGACGGAGGCGCGGGGCUGGCCAGAGGAUGGAGCAGCAGAGAGCGAGGAUGAGGGCAAGGUCGAGGAGGAGGUGGUCGGAGUGGGGGUGUUGGCGAGGCAGGAGCUGCCGCGGUAUGCGCAGACCACACCGCAGCUGGUGGAUGCGUGGAUGACGGGCUCGAUGUGGACCUCGUUUGCCACGCCCGAGACAGGCUGGUAUGGGUACAUGCUGCUGGGCGCCACAGCUGUUGGAUUUGUCGUGGCCAUCUACAUCAUCGUCCUCUCCAAGUUCAUGCCGGUCACCGGAUCGCCGCUCGUCGACUACAUCUCGCAGGACCACUACUACUCGGUCCUCAUCCCCUACCUUGCGCCCGUCGCCCUCGUCUACGUCUACUUUUCAUGGCUCUCGUUCAAGUUCUACCGGCAUAACUAGCCACCGCCGCUCCGAUGUGGACGCCGCGCGCUUUACUCCUUCUUGGCCUUGCUGCUGCUCUUGGCGCCAUCGCCACCCUCUGCCACGUGCUUCUUGUGCGCCGCGUCGAGCUCGAUCAGCAACCUGCGCCCACGCGCUCUGUGAGUCUGUGUAUGUGUUCGGAGUGUGGCGGGAGGGAUCUCUGACGACGUACCAGUUGAUCAGAGCGAUGAGGACGACGGUCAUGGCGAGCAUGACAGCCAGAUGGAUGUUGAAGCCACGGAUGAGCAGCAGCGAGGCGAGAACCACAAGGAGAGUGAUAAAGACAACGUUCAUCAG